GCUCUGGCCAUUUGGGUUAUUUUGAAGCUCUUUUGUAAGUAUAAGUAUCCUAUAUUUAUCACAUCAAAUUGAGAGGGCUUCACUCACUUGAAUAAAGAUUAUUGCUUAAUCCAGCGUCCCUUCGGCUUCAGUCUCUCUCAGGGUAUUAGGUGAUUGGACAUCACUAAUCAAGUUAUCUCAAUCUUUUGAUCUGUGAAGGGCUUUCCCUGAGAUUGAUUUGGAAAAAAAAUCACAUGGGGAGGCAGUUUUGCUUUAGGAAUGUCUUUCCAUUGACUUCGUACAACAACAGAGACAAGUUAGCUUAGGCGACAUCUUCUUCCCUACGCAAACUAGUUACAGGUCAGGUCAAGUAUCAUAUACUAUUAUAUCAGAAGGUUUGUAAGAUGAAUUCUACAAUUUUCUCUUUGAAGGUUUGACAAAUAUGCACAAGAAGUUGUUAUCCGAAAGCAACAUCCAGUUCUAAUCAACAGCUCACCCUUGCUUGUUCUAGCAGCUCCUGUCUUUAGCAGCCAAUUUUGUGAUGGACAAUGCUGAGGGUAGCAAGAACAGAGACGACCUCUCUGGAGUCCAUAAGUUUGAGGAGAAUCACGACCAAAGGAUGGACUGUACAGAGGAUGCAAUACAAAACAGCCACCACACUCGCACGUUUACAGACUCCAGAAUUCAGAUUUCUUCACAAAGCAUAGGCUCUCCUCAGUACGCUACAGUUUCCUUGUCAAGUCCUGGGCUGAUGCUACAGCCUCAACUUCAAUCCGUGCCUCAGUGUGCUGCUGCAUUCAUUGAAAAUGUUUUCCAUGAGACGAGGUCGCGUGUUAGGAUCGCAUGGAAUCAUGGUGGCAAUCAAGUGGCCAUUGCUGGAUCAUGGGAUAACUGGCAGUCGAGAGAGCUCCUGCAGAACAUUGGUGAGAAGUUUGUGGUUGUUAAAACUCUGCCGGUCGGUAUCUAUCACUACCACUUUAUAGUUGAUGGUUGGUUGGUUUAUGCUCCAGAUCUACCUUGGUUUCGUAAUGAUUCAGGGAAUGCUUACAAUAUUUUAGACUUGCCAGGCUAUGUUUCUGGAUUGCCUGAAAGUAUGUUCGAGUUCGAAACUCCUCCGUCCCCGCCAUCGAGUUACGACAACCAAUACUUUAACGAAGAUGAUUUUGGCAGGCCUCCACCAGAACUACCUCCACAGCUGCAAGGAACCAUUUUGAACGAUCCAUCUUCUUCGGUUGAUGGUCGACCGUUGCCAGUUACGCCUCGAAAUACAGAACUAAAUCAUCUCUAUUUGCAGAGCAAUGUCCAAGAUCAGUUUUUAGCACUUGGAUCUUCUCACAGGAUUCAUGAAAAGUAUUAUACUAUGUUUCUAUUCAAGCCUUUGUCAAGAGCAAGAAUGGUAGGUCCCAUUAAAUAACAUGAGAUGCAAAGAAUGGAAGCCACACUUCUCCACGGGAAGGUCCCUCCCCUUCAACUUCCGUUCCGUUGGUUGCUUACAAGUUGAUUUCGUUCCGUUCCGUCAAUUCCCAUUUGCCGGUGACCCCACGUCGCCAUUAGUUACUUCUCUGCAGCGGCUAAAGCUUGGUUGGUGAAUCCAAUUUGGGUCUGUGUCGAGAAGAUCUGAUUCUGGUUCAUGGGUUACGGCAGAGAUCUACUUGCUUCCGAGCUUGGAGGCUUUAGUGGAGGUUUUUAGUUCUUACAUUAGUUGGAGAGGAGAAUAAAACAUUUUUUAUAAAGGUGUGGAAACAUUUUCUUAACCUACGUAUUUUAAAACUUUGAGGAAAGCUCGAAAGAAAAUUUUCAAAAAUGAUAAUAUCUGCUAAUAGUAGACUUGGGCUGUAUGCUCAGUUCAAGGUGCUUGGUUCUGUAUGCUCGAGUUUGAUUAUUUGAGUCAAUGCAACCAAUUUGGAGUG